GGAUCUCUGUGGCUGCUGCCUCCAAACUGCUGGCCAACAUGGUCUACCAGUACAAAGGCAUGGGGCUGUCCAUGGGCACCAUGAUCUGCGGCUGGGACAAGCGAGGGCCAGGUCUCUAUUACGUCGACAGCGAGGGAAAUAGAGUCUCAGGUCAGAUCUUCUCUGUGGGCUCGGGCUCUGUCUACGCCUACGGUGUGCUGGACCGGGCGUACCGGCACGACAUGAGCCCCACGGAGGCCUAUGAGCUGGCCAAGCAGGCCAUCUAUCAUGCCACCUACCGCGAUGCCUACUCAGGGGGAAUAGUCAGCCUCUACCAUGUCAAAGAGACCGGUUGGGUGCGUAUCUGCCGUGACGAUGUCAUGGACCUUCAUCAGAAGUACAAAGACGGGUGUGCCUAAAGCCAGAUGAGGGGUGGCGACCGGGGGGUGGGGUAGGGGUGGAGAGGUGUGUGUGUGUGUGUGUGGUGGGGGGGGGCGCGCGGGCAGUUUGUUUAUCGAAUGAAUGUUUGCUCCUAUAGAGUCACAGCUGGACAAGAGGGCGAGGGACCCCACCCCCAUCUUUCUCUCAUCCUCCUCCUCACCCAAUCCAAGCUUGGAGCUAUUUGACUGGAUGGGGAGCAGGGAAGGGGAGAGAGAAAAAUGCGUCUAUCUGACACAGCUUUGCAGAUCUCUGCUGGGAAUGGGAGGGUGCGGCUGGGAAAUUUGUGGGUGAAUAUUUGGUCGUCUCCCCCACCCCGCUCUCAACAUAGUGUUAGGGGGCACAGGAGAAUAAGGGUGAAGAUUAGACACAGUGUCUGGUUUCAACAAUGAUUUGUCUUUUGGGAUGGAGGGGGUGAGACCCAUUUUGAAUCGGAGCUGGGCGUUUUUUUAAUGGUCACUCCCAUGUUAACACUAACCCUCUUGUGUUUUUUUGCUUGGAAUGGCAAUAAACUGUUACAUUUAA